AAAACAAUUAAGAACCUUCCCUUGCUUUUCUUGUGCUGUUGCAAGAUCCCUUGCCUCGACUCGAUCGGUAGCACCUUUGAGUAGCCUUGUCGAGAUGUCUUGUGAGCUGUUCCUCGAGGAAGGAAGGGAAUGGAGGAAAAAGAAAGGAAGUUAAGCUGACCCACAGCACCUAUUCCCCCAUGGGAUAAUCCUUGUGGCUCUGGAGUUGUGCUUUGAUGGUAGAUUAGUACUAUUAUAUAUGUUGGGUUUGGACAAUCCAAGUCCAAGGCCGACCGUGGAGCACAAGAAAAAGACGAGGAGGAAGAAGAAGAGGCGCCGCCAUGGCACAGAUGCUUCUGCACGGGAUGAUUGACGCCAAGAUUCUUGAGGCCGACCUGUCCAACGGCGAGCUCAGACCCACUCCCAAGAAUGUUGGCAAGAGGAGAUUCUUCUCAUGCAUGAAUAAACUGUCAUUCCGCAACAAUCGCCAGCAGCACGUUGAUAUCGGCGGCACGGGGGGCAGGCUUUACGCGACGGUGGACAUCGACAAGGCGCGCGUCGGCCGGACGCGGACGCUGGACCCGAGCAGCACACCAGUGUGGAACGAGGCGUUCCACAUCUACUGCGCCCACGACGCCAGCCACAUCAUCUUCACCGUCAAGGCCAACAAACCCGUCGGCGCCACCACCAUCGGCCGCGCCUACCUCCCCACCGAUGGCGCCGUGCUCGCGGGCCAGCUGGUGGACCAGUGGCUGCCCAUCUGCGAUGACAAGCGCCGCCCGCUCGACGGCGGGGCCAAGAUACACGUCCAGCUCCGCUUCACAGACGUCGCCGCCGACCAGGCGGGGUUCCGCUGGGGCGCCGGCAUCGGCUCCCCGCGCUACAUGGGCGUGCCGCGCACCUUCUUCGGCCAGCGUCGUGGCUGCCGGGUCAGGCUGUACCAAGACGCCCACAUCUCUGACGCCUUCGCAAAGCGGCUGCGGAUUCAGCUCGCCGGAGAGAAGCUGUACGAGCCGCGCCGGUGCUGGGAGGACGUGUUCGAGGCGAUCAGCAACGCCCGGAGGAUGGUGUACAUCGCCGGGUGGUCCGUCAACACCGACGUCGCGCUGGUGCGCGACCCGCGUAAGCCGUCGUCGGGAACGCUGGGCGAGCUGCUCAAGAGAAAGGCGGCCGAAGGCGUCAGCGUGCUGAUGCUGGUGUGGGACGACCGGACGUCGCUGGGUCUCGGCCCAUUCCGGCGCGACGGUCUGAUGAACACGCACGACGAGGACACGGCCAAGUACUUCCGUCACACGGGCGUGCGGUGCAUCCUGUGCCCCCGGAAUCCCGACGAGGGCAGGAGCUACGUGCAGGACGUGAAGACGGCGACCAUGUUCACCCACCACCAGAAGACGGUGGUCGUCGACGGCAGCGGCAAUGCCGAAGCCAGCGGGUCGCCGGGCCUCGUGAGCUUCCUGGGCGGCAUCGACCUCUGCGACGGGAGGUACGACACGCAGGAACACCCUCUGUUCCGCACGCUCGACACCACGCACCGCAACGACUUCCACCAGCCCAACUUCCCCGGAGCGUCCAUCAACAAGGGCGGGCCGAGGGAGCCGUGGCACGACAUCCACUGCCGCGUCGAGGGCCCCGCCGCGUGGGACGUGCUCGACAACUUCGAGCAGCGGUGGCGGAAGCAGGGCGACGGCGACAACUACCUCGUCACCAUCGACAGGAGCUGUGCGGCGCGCGAGGCUGUCCUGGACGCCGAGUCGUGGAACGCCCAGGUGUUCCGGUCCAUCGACAGCGGCGCGGCGGCGGGGUUCCCGGAGAGGCCCGAGGAGGCGGCGAUGAUCGGCCUCGAGACGGGCAAGGACCACGUCAUCGAGCGCAGCAUCCAAGACGCCUACAUCCACGCCAUCCGCCGCGCCCGGGACUUCAUCUACAUCGAGAACCAGUACUUCCUGGGGAGCUCCUACGCCUGGCGGCGCGACGACGGCGUCACCGUGGAGGACAUCAACGCGCUGCACAUCAUCCCCAAGGAGCUGUCGCUCAAGAUCGUGAGCAAGAUCGAGGCCGGCGAGCGGUUCGCGGUGUACGUGGUGGUGCCCAUGUGGCCCGAGGGCGUGCCAGAGAGCGGCCCCGUGCAGGCCAUCCUGGACUGGCAGCGCCGGACCAUGGAGAUGAUGUACAAGGACGUGGCGCUAGCGAUUCAGGCCAAGGGCAUCCAGGCCAGCCCCAAGGACUACCUCACCUUCUUCUGCCUCGGCAACAGGGAGGCGCCCAGCCCCGGCGAGUACGUGCCGCCGAAGAAGCGCCCGGCAGCCCGGGCGAGCACUUACAGCAGGGCACAGCAGUCCAGGCGUUUCAUGAUCUACGUCCACUCCAAGACCAUGAUAGUCGACGACGAGUACAUCAUCGUGGGGUCGGCGAACAUCAAUCAGCGCUCCAUGGACGGCGGCCUCGACUCGGAGAUCGCGAUGGGCGCGUACCAGCCGAACUACCUGGCGUCCAGCAGCCGGCCGGCGAGGGGGCAGGUGCAUGGAUUACGACUUGCCCUGUGGCACGAGCACCUGGGCCACGCGGCGGCGGCCGUCGGCGCGGACGACCUCCUCAAGCCGUCGAGCCUGGCGUGCGUGCGCAGGGUGAACCAGGCGGCGGAGCAGAACUGGGACAUGUUCGCGAGCGAGGCGCCCCAGGGUGACCUGCCGGGUCACCUCCUGGCUUACCCCAUCGGCGUGAGCGACGGCGGAGAGCUGCUGGAGAAGACGGCCUUCUUCCCCGACACCCAGGCGAGGGUGCUCGGCAGCAAGUCCACCAAACUCCCCUCGAUCCUCACAACGUGAAGACGAGUUUAUAUGUACGAUACGAUGACGACUAGUUGAGAUUGACGCGCAGUUCAUCGUGCAUGGAGUUGGGUUGUCUAUUGUAAAUUCAUCGUGUGGAGGAUGGAUGGACAUAAGAAUUGGGACUGUGCUAGUGUUGUACUCCCACCGUUCCUAAAUACUCCCUCCGUUCCUAAAUACUUGUUGUUGGAGAGAACUAGAUUAGCUUUCCCCAACAAUAAAUAUUAUGGUACAGAGAGUAUAAGUCAUUUAAGAGAUUUUCA